AUGAAGAAGGCUGAAUCUCUAGAUGUGACAAGAUUGGGGUGUUGCACAACCUCAACAGCCAACGUCAUGUGUGGCAGCUACUACGGAAACUCUUAUGGAGGCUGCGGCUAUGGAGGCUGCGGCUACGGAGGCUGCGGCUACGGAGGCUGCGGCUAUGGAAGCUCUGGCUACAAAGGCUGGGGCUACAGAGGCUGUGGCUAUGGAGGCUGUGGCUACAGAGGCCUGGGCUGUGGCUAUGGCUCCUGCUAUGGCUGUGGCUCUGGCUGUGGCUACUGGUAAUGAGGGCACCGUGGGGGACUCUCACCCUCUAUGCCUGGACGUGGGAUUCACCAAAUCUGAGCCCCACGCGGUCUGACCU